AUUUAUAAGUAAAAUACCAAAUAAAUAGGUAGCAGAGUAAGCCAAGUUAUUCUGAAAUAAGCACAUGGCAUUGCCCAAAAUGACAUCGUAGAAAAAUGAAUCAAAGAAACUCCACUGCUUCAAGCCUCCGCCCCGUACUCCCUUUUCUUCCCACCAAAGUUUUCUCUUUCUUUCUAUAAAGCUCUAUUACUUAAACAGUUUAAGCACUGAUCAUAAAAUCAUAAGUGCUCGGAAAUCAAACAGUUAGCUGAAGGGGCAGAAGGAAGCAAAAGAAAAGCAAGAGCCAUGGCAGAUUGGGGGCCAGUUUUCGUCGCUGUAAUUCUGUUUGUUUUGCUAACUCCAGGGCUUCUCUUUCAGCUUCCGGGCAAUCGCAGGUGCUUAGAAUUCGGCAACUUUCACACGAGUGCUGCUUCUAUCAUCGUCCAUUCGAUUCUCUACUUCGGUCUCAUAUGCGUCUUCUUACUUGCCAUCAAGGUUCAUCUCUAUAUCGGUUCCUAAUAUGACUCGCCCCAAUACCACGUUUGUUGUUUGGUUUCUAAUUCUCUAUUGUGAUGUUUGUUUGACUUGACUUUAUUCGGGUUGUUCUUCGUUUUCUUUUUGUUAAUGUCCUAAAUUUUUCAAGUGUAUGAGCGAGCAAAUAUUGAGCUUGGUCUAGGUGAUUUCAUCAUUUCAAUGUUAGAAUAUCUUGAGGCAUUGUUUUGGCAAUGAAAGUUCUAUGUAAGGAGGAACUUCACUUCAUCCCUUCAAGUCAUCUAUAACAAACCCCAAUUUAUAGAAUAUGGAUAAGAAUUGCAAACUCC